UUUAAAUCAAUCUAUUCCUGAAAUGCAAACAAAAAGUAGAAUGUCAAUUCUGUUGUCUCUCCUUCUCUUGGACGUGCAUGGAGGACAGGCGUAAAACGACUAAGACAUGGAUCUCCGUACUAGUUUAAUUCUCAUCACACUGACAGCUUCCGGUUAUUGUGAUGACGGUGAGUCAGUUGUCAUAGAAACUCCAUCUGGUCCAGUCAGAGGUUACCAAGACCUUGUAAGUAAUGGUCUGUCUGUCUAUCGAUUCAUCAAAAUUCCGUUUGCAGCGCCCCCUUUAGGCGAUCUCCGAUUUCGUAAGCCCGAGCCAAUUGGUAAAUGGACGGAGAUCCAGGGGAUUGCCGACAGCCGAGGACCGGCAUGCAUGCAACAAGACAUUGGACUGGAUUUAGAAAACAGGCCAGAAUAUUCCGAAGAUUGUCUCCAACUGAAUGUGUAUGUCCCGGGCGAGGUGGCACGUGACCGGAGUUUAUCUGUUAUGGUGUGGAUUCAUGGGGGCGGGUUUGUUAUAGGCUCUGGGGGUGAGACAGAUGCCCGAAGACUAGCAGCACAUGGUGACGUCAUAGUGGUAGCAAUCAAUUACAGACUUGGGCUAUUUGGCUUUUUGAAUUUACAUGACCCUAUCGCUAAGGGUAACUAUGGACUCUGGGAUCAAGCGAUGGCUCUGCGCUGGGUACACGACAAUAUCGCAGCGUUUGGUGGAAAUCCCGAUUCAGUAACUAUUUUUGGUGAAUCUGCAGGCGGAAUGAGUGUCCAUUUUCAGACUUUGUUACCAGCCAACAGGGGAAUGUUUCAAAGAGCAAUCUCCAUGAGUGGUGUAGUAAAUAGGCAGGUCAUUACAAACGACAACGACAUAGAUAAAGUCAACCAGAGGGUUUCCGAAAAGACGGGAUGUGGCAUGCACAACAAAGCAGAGUUCCUUGCUUGUCUACAAAAACUUGAGGCUAAAGAUAUUUUAGAUGCUUUGAAUAUUUAUGAUUUCAUGAAAACAGAUAACUUUACAGUAGAAAUGCUGUUGGGACCUACCAAAGAUGAUGAAUUAAUCAAAAGCAUGUUGUACGAGACGAUGCAUGACGCGGAUUCUGCGGAGAGCAAGUUCUUCAGAUCUCUGGAUUUUAUGUCGGGAACUACCAGUGCGGAAGGAUCGUUGUUGUAUUUCACAUUACUGCCGCCAUUCCAAGAGGCUUUUAAUUUUUCUGUUGAGGAUAAGAUUCCCAAGCACGUUCUCUGUGACGUAAUAAUUCCCGGACUUAUUGAUGAGUUGUAUGGCAACAAACCGGAAAUGAGCAAAAAACUGUGCGAGUUUUACACCUCAGACAAAGGCGACGACGACCAAAGUAAUCGAGCUACCGACUUCUACGGAGAUACUGUGAUGGUUGCCACCGCAACCAGCGCUCUGAUUGCGCAUGCCAGAAAUAAUGCAGAUCGGAAAACCUACAAUUAUGUUUUGUCUGCUGCAAGCCCACUUCCUUUUGGACCUCCUCCCCCACCGUGGUUCAGGGGAGCGGGUCACGCAGACGACCUCUAUCAUCUGUUCGAUAUGCCCAGCCUACCGGUAUACAAUCACACGGAAGAACGCCACGACGAACUCAGUAUGAAAAUCAUCCGCUACCUGACAAACUUCGCCAAAACUGGAGAUCCAAACUCGGAAGCGGUACCAGUCACAUGGCCUACCUAUGACGUCAGAAAGCGUGAAUACCUUGAUUUUGAUUAUGAAAUAUCUGUUAAAAAAGACUUUAAUGUAGGCGCAACGAGAAUACUGCAACCGGAUCUCCGAGAACUCGACAACACAAAGGACGAGCUCUGAUCUCUAGAUCAACAUAGAACAAAAUUUUACAUUUAAUAUUUGUUUCAUCUAGAUUAAUGUACACGUACCCUAUGCAUGUAUACCAUUAUCUAUUAAAUUUUGUGGAAUGGA